GACGUUACAGGAAUCAUAAUCAUAACCAUCUUUCUUUGUCACCCUUUCCUUCUUCUCCAGCUCCUCAUAGGUUUAACACGUUACCCUAUUUCCUUUCUCAACAGGCAUCAUGGAGGGAAGAGUGGGGCUAUUGUUUCUUAUUUUGUUGGGUGCUGCUUGGGCUUGUGAUGCAAGAGGGCUAGCAAACUAUGAAUUAAACAGAAAAUCAGAAUCAGAUGUCUGUGCACUUUGUGAGGAAUAUGCUACCGAGGCACUUGAUUAUCUAAAUGAUAAAGAGAACCAGAGAAAGAUCAUUGAUGCCCUUCACAAUACUUGCUAUCAGCUACUCUCUUUCAAGCAGCAGUGCAUCGAAUUGGUGGAUGAUUAUGCAUCACAUUUCUUCUCAGAAAUCGCAUCAGUUCUGCCUGGAGAACUCUGCAAACAGGUCCACCUCUGCCAAUCUGCAAACGUUUCUUCACAAGUUAAAGGAAAUAGCUGUGGCUCUUGCAAAGAUUCUGUUGCAGCCUUAUUGGUUAAGUUGAAUGAUCCUGACACCAAGCUUGAGAUAAUAGAGGCACUAUUGACGGCAUGCAAUUCUAUGGAGAAGAUGGAGAAGAAGUGCAAGAGGAUGGUUUUUGAGUAUGGACCUAUGAUUCUAGUCAAGGCAGAGAAGUUCCUGAAAACAACAGAUAUAUGCACUGUAUUACAUGCCUGCCCAGCUUCCAUUGCAGUUAGUUCGGAAGCCUCAUCCAUGGAAGAAGUACCUUUGAUUUCUGAUUCUUAAUCUUUGGAGAAGAGUUCUACAAGAUAUAUGGAGCGCUUAUGCUUUAGUUUGUACUCCUAAUGUGUGAUCUAUAUGCAUUAAAAUCCAUGGUGCUUGUAACUAUGUGCUCCUGGUAUACUAUAGUGUCUCAUUAAAUGUCCAAGUAUAUUAUUGAGAUGCCAUAAUUUUACUUGUAUUUCUUUA